UCUCGGCGGCGGCAGGGGCCCAGGCGGAGGCGUCCGCUGCGGUGGUGGCGGCGGCGGCGGCGGCGGCGGCGGCGGCGGCGGCGCUGUUCCCCGCGCGGUCCGCGCAGCGGGAUCUGGGCUGCGUGUCUUGGACGGCGGCGGCGGAACUGCGGCCCCGGUCCGAGCCUGAUCCCGGGUCCCCUCCCCAGCCGCCCCCUUCCCACGGGCCAACCCUCGGGCCCUGCGUCCUCUCCCCCGCUGGCGGGGCCCGGACAGAAGAUGGUGCAGAAGAAAACAGCGGAAUUUCAGGGCUUCCACCAUUCGUUCAAGGGAGAGAAUCCUUUUGAGCUGGCCUUCUCUCUAGAACAAGCCCACCCCAGGGAGACUGACUUCAGCUUGGAAGCCCCAGCCCGUCCUGAUAUGCCCACAAGCCAGCCCAUCGACAUCCCAGAUGCUAAGAAGAGGGGCAAGAAGAAGAAGCGAUGCCGGGCUACUGAUAGCUUCUCAGGCAGGUUUGAAGAUGUCUACCAGUUGCAGGAGGAUGUGCUCGGAGAGGGUGCCCAUGCCCGUGUGCAGACUUGCAUCAACCUCAUCACCAACCAGGAGUAUGCUGUCAAGAUCAUCGAGAAGCAGCCUGGCCACAUUCGGAGUAGAGUUUUCCGGGAGGUGGAGAUGCUGUAUCAAUGCCAGGGACACAGGAACGUUCUAGAGCUCAUUGAGUUCUUCGAGGAGGAGGACCGCUUCUACCUGGUGUUUGAGAAGAUGCGGGGCGGCUCCAUCCUGAGCCACAUCCACAAGCGCCGGCACUUCAACGAGCUGGAGGCCAGUGUGGUCGUGCAGGAUGUGGCCAGCGCCUUGGACUUCCUGCACAACAAAGGCAUCGCCCACAGGGACCUAAAACCAGAGAACAUCCUCUGUGAGCACCCCAACCAGGUUUCCCCUGUGAAAAUCUGCGACUUCGACCUGGGCAGUGGCAUCAAACUCAACGGGGACUGCUCCCCCAUCUCCACCCCAGAGCUGCUCACCCCGUGCGGCUCUGCGGAGUACAUGGCCCCCGAAGUGGUGGAGGCCUUCAGCGAGGAGGCCAGCAUCUACGACAAGCGCUGCGACCUCUGGAGCCUGGGCGUCAUCCUCUACAUUCUGCUUAGCGGCUACCCCCCCUUUGUGGGCCACUGUGGCAGCGACUGCGGCUGGGACCGUGGCGAGGCCUGCCCAGCUUGCCAGAAUAUGCUGUUUGAGAGCAUUCAGGAGGGCAAGUAUGAGUUUCCCGACAAGGACUGGGCCCACAUCUCCUUUGCUGCCAAAGACCUCAUCUCCAAGCUCCUGGUACGCGAUGCCAAGCAGAGGCUGAGUGCCGCGCAGGUCCUGCAGCACCCCUGGGUGCAGGGGUGUGCCCCGGAGAACACCCUGCCCACACCCAUGGUCCUACAGAGGAACAGCUGUGCCAAAGACCUCACGUCCUUCGCAGCCGAAGCCAUCGCCAUGAACCGGCAGCUGGCCCAGCGUGAGGAGGACGCUUUGGAGGAGGCAGGGCAGGGCCAGCCCGUGGUCAUCCGAGCUACCUCACGCUGUCUGCAGCUGUCCCCGCCAUCCCAGUCCAAGCUGGCCCAGCGGCGACAGCAAGCCAGCCUGUCCGCAGCCCCCGUGGUCCUGGUGGGGGACCACGCAUGAACCACCACCCCACCCCACCCCUGUACAUAGAUCACCCCCUCCCCUAUCAGAGCUAAAGAUUUUUUUAAGCUAUUGCCAGCCGGUGACCAGCGGGCUGCACUCCUCCUGGUUGGGUUCCAAGGCGCUCGGCUCAGCUGGGGGGGUCUUUUUAUAUAAAGUUUUUGCUGUUGGGUUUUUCCUUUUUUCUUCCCCCCACCCAUUUUUUUUUUUUCUUCCUUUGAAUGGUGUUAAAGCAAACAGGCGCCCAGGGAGGAGAGUGGAGGGCGCAAGUGGCUGCGUGUGCCCCUGCCUCACCACCCUAGCCCCACACGCUUACCUGUAAUGUGAAAGGUCCCGUGCCCACAGCCCACAGUCCCUGCCCAACGUGACUCAGGAGAGGAGGCUGCUUGCUGUCUUCCCAAGCUGGGGGCCCACACCCCGUCCCCGGCCCUCAGUGUUUUCAAGGCUGGGCUGACCUCUCACCCCAAAGACACUUGUGGCCAUUGGGGACCAGGGUGCAGGCAGGCGGGGUGGAUGGCCACCCACUGAACCCCCCUCCCCUGCUGACUGACAAUCGGGGCUCCCUCAAACCUUGACCUUAAGCUGCAGCUGACCUGGGUGUGCACCCUCUGUCCCUCCUCAGCCCUCUCCACCAGGGGCUCAGCGCACCUAGAAGCAGGGCACUGGAGGAAGUGGGAGGGCUGGACAGGCACCCGUCAGCCAACACGGGGGUCCUGAAGACCCCCCCACCCGGGCACCCGAGUGCCCCUUCUCAGGGCUCAGUCUGACCAUGGCCACGUCCUGCCCCAUUGCCCCUCUGGUUAGCAUGGAAGCUCUGCCAGCCCCGCCUCUGCCCCUCCCAGAGCCAGGGCUGACUGGGGUCCCUCUGAAUUCCCCACCCCCCGCAACGGCAGUGUUCCUGCUCUGCCCACCUUCAGGAAAAUGGCCUCCCUCGGGCACCCAGGAACCAGCGCUCCCCUCCUCCCAUCCCAGCACCCAGCUCAGAUGUCGCGUGACCCACCAGGUUCGGGGAGACAGACGCCCCUCUUUGUCCUCGGGUGGGAAACACUAUGCAAUACAGCUUUCCUCUUCAUGUACAUGUGCUUCUGCCAGUCACCCAGCGCCCUUGAGGGCACAUGGCCCAGGGUCUGGCCUGGUCAUCCAGGCUGGCCAGGCUGCCUGCCCUCUGGCUUCUAGUUUAUCUUGUUUCGUUAGUAUUUUAAGAACACCAGUUAAAUUCCCUUCCUUGUUCUUGAAGAAUACUUGAAUGUUGGGGGGGCCUUGUGGGUUUGGGGACUCAGAUUCCAUGUCUGGCCCCCCAAGUCUUGUACGAUUGUUGCAAUCUGUGGGGGCCCAUGCUCCCCCCCCCUGUCCCCAACCCGCUCAGAUCUGUGGACUGGCCUUUCCAAAGGCCCCCAGGGUAAGGUAGCCGCCCUCUCCCUCAUCAUUUAUCACCCAUCAGUGAUUCCACAUUUUCACAAAAGGUUCUGCCUUUUUGUAAAAGAAAUGGAGCCUUGCAGGCCACAGGUGACAUGGCCGUUUUACUCUGGAAAGCUGAGCUGUGAACAGCUUUUUCCCCCCCUCAAAGGUGGGGUCACCCACUUUCUUCCCCCUCGUCACACUGAGUGCUACUCGGGGCUGGCUGGUUAGAGCCAUUACUGUGAAUGAACGCCUGGGUCCCAGGGUCCUGGGCUGUUCCGGUGCCAGGGGAAGGGAACGGCAGUGUUUAAAUGUUAAGACAUAAAAAAGACAAAACAUUUUUUUGAAGUGGGGGAAAAACAUCCAAGCACUUUAACUCCACUGUACCAGGCAAACUGAUACAGCUCAGAAGUUUUCCUGACACCAACUGUCAAUGCCGGAAUUUUGUAUUCUGUUUUAUAAGGAUUUAAUAAAACCCAAAAACUCAGGUGUGCCUGCA